CGUGAUGUAUGGCUAAAAUACCGAUUGGUCAAGACAACACAAUUUCAUUUGGGAGACGUAGUCGUGUUCCGUGUCAACGAAAAUAGUAGCUGGCUAGCUACUCUAGCACUUGGCCACCACAUAACUUUGGCUAAAAACACUUUCUUCCAGUAGCUCGCUUCCCUUCACUGUAUACGUUGUUUAUACCAAAAACUGGUUUUAGCAGAAUAACGAAUUUGGGUUUACGUUCUAUCAGUGUGUCUGAACUUUUGAGGAGAAGAAUUUCAGCUAGCAAGCUGCAGCUGGCUAACGCGUUAGCAUAACUUGAUCGCUUGCUUGGCCAUUCGAGAUCUAAAUAGUCGGCGAUAACUGCAUUUAUUGUGUCGUGGACCACUUUCUCAUCGAUCAAGCAUAAGCUGCAACUAUUUAUUAGUUGCUAGCUACCGUUGCUAUUUAGACGAGGAUCACAGAGUUAGCUAGCCCCAGUCACCUGAAUACUAAUAUUCUUCGGAAGACAUGAACUCCAAUGUAGAGAACUUGCCGCCCCAGGUUCUGCGUCUGGUGUACAAAGAGGUGUCUGCACUAGCUGCAGAUCCCCCUGAGGGCAUCAAGAUCUACCCCAGUGAAGAAGACAUCACAGAACUCCAUACAGCCAUUGAGGGACCAGAAGGAACCCCGUUUGCCGGGGGUGUUUUCCGGAUGCGCCUGGUCCUGGGGAAGGACUUCCCUGCUGCACCACCGAAAGGCUACUUCCUAACCAAGAUCUUCCACCCUAAUGUGGGCCACAAGGGAGAGAUCUGUGUCAACGUCCUGAAGAGGGACUGGAGGGCAGAGCUGGGACUCAGACAUGUAUUACUGACUAUCAAGUGCCUUAUGAUCCAUCCCAACCCUGAGUCGGCUCUCAACGAGGAGGCGGGGCGUCUGCUCCUGGAGGACUAUACAGAGUAUGCGUCCCGUGCUCGCCUCCUGACUGAGAUUCAUGCCAUGGGGGGGUAUGGGGGGACGUCGGGGGUGCCCCAGGACCCUGCCGAUGGCCCCCAGCCCAAAAAACACGCAGGGGACCCUACCAAGAGGGCGAUGGGGCCAGGGGUUGCCCCCUCUGCUGCUCUGGGUAACGGAGCCAAUGGAAGCAGUACUACCUCCAGCAGUAGUAGUAGCAAUAGUAAUGUUGUAGGGAAGAAGAAAACUGAUAAAAAGCGAGCGUUGAGACGACUCUAAUGCUGCUUGGAGUCUUCUCUCUCUGCGUGUGUGUUAUGAAUAUUGUUCCCCUCUCCCAGACUCUUUCUAUCCCUCUGACUCUACUGUCCCUUUUGUACUCAUUGCAUAUUGUAUCCCUGUUCAUUCCUUGUUGCCAUAUAUUCUCCCAAUCCCCUGUGGAUAAAUCCAUAUACAUUCAAUUACUUUUUGACAGCACCCCUUUUUGAUUUGAAUGAAACCUUCCAUACAUGUUUGUCUGUUGUAGAAGUGCUUAGGAAGUGAGUUUUUGGACCUCCAUGUCAAAACACAAAAGAUUAAGGUGCUCAAAGUUGACCCCUUUUGCGAACCUCACCACACAAUGAGACAUCCAUGUCAACAUCACUGGAAAAGAUAAAUGGUUGAGAUUUGAUAUAUUUUAAAAGCUUGCAAACCGGGUUGUCAGACUAUUUAGUCAUUUCUUGGUUGAGUGGGGUAUGCAAAAUGAGGCAACUUUGAGCACCUUGAUAUCCUGAAUGUUUAUGGCAUUUAGGUCCAAAACAUCACUACUUUCUGACCACUUCUUCCAUGGUAAAACAUGUAUGGAAAGUUUUGUUUAAAACAAAAGGGAUGUUCUGAAAAAGUGACAAUUCAAAUGGGUUCACUGCUGUGUGUUAGUUCUCUCCAUGGUUCCUCACUGUCAUGAUCAGAGAAAGGUUUUUAUUGUGUUUCAUACACAGCACUAGUGAUUGUGUGUGUCAUACAGUAGCUACCCAGCUCAAGACUGUUUGAGCUUCAGUCUGACUCAUCUCCCCUAUCUGAAAUUAGGCUUCUUUCUGUUCAGUGUUCACUAAACAAAAUGUCUUAGAUAUUUUCCGGAAACAGAAAUGCCUCUUUCUUUCCCCACCCCCUUCUUGACAUGGCUCCUGCUGCUGAAAUGGUACUGUGUACUGCCCAGCUAGCCUCGUGUUGGGAAACUGGUGAGAUGUUUUGUCACGUCUGAGUUGAGUUACCUUAUACGAGAUCAGGUUGUCGGAAGGGAGUAAGGGUGGAGGACUUAGAAGAUUAUGCAAUGUUUUUUAUUCAUAGAGUGAAACACAACAUGAUGAGAUGGACAUUCAUUGGGUAGUCAAAUGAGGAAGCAGCAAUGAGCAGUUUUCCUAGAAAAUGUUUGUCUAGUCGUGGUUGAAAUGAGAUGGACACGAAGGGAGCAACAUUUGGUCUGAUUAUUACUUUAAAAAAUGAUUUCACCCCUAUUUUUUUUGUAAAUGUUUAUCCCCAUGUAUGACUAUUCUGUUUUUGCAUUUUUACAAAAUUGUCAUUGUUUAUUCAUUGUCCAGUAUUUGCCAGAGUGUUUUAAAGUGACAUGCCUAUAUUCAGAUGUCUUGGUGCGUGUAUGAAGUAGGUCAUUGUCCAUACAGGAUUAGGUUAGGGUGCAGGAUUGUGCAUAUCAUUGAUUAUUAAUUAUAUCCCAUGUAUAAUUAUGGAUAUUUAUUUAUAUGGUCAUAGCUGCACAUCUGGUCUUUAGUACUGAUUUGCCAAUAGUUUACUUGUGAACCUUUUUAUUGUUAAACGUUUUUCAUUUGAUUUGUAUGGAUCAAAUACCUGCUCCGGUCAUAUGCACUAUCCAGCUCCUAUCCUAUUCAGAAUUGGGGAAAAACUAUGUAUUUGUCAAUAGGGAAGCCUCAACAGAUUUGAUAGAAAGGAACUCCCCAGUCGAUAUGCUCCUCUGGCUGGGUUUCCUGGGCAUGUUUUCUCCCUCCGAUCUAAAUGCAUGUUGGCGCCUACAUUUCCCAGGGAAACAAUCAACAGUUGUCUUUUACUUCGGUGGGAAAAGGUACCUGGGAAACAGUCAUUGAGCGCAACUUAAUGGGUGGGUAUUUUUGUGUCCAUUUUAAGUUAUUUAAAUUAAUAAAUUAGAAAAAUUUGGGAAAAUGUAUCAUUUAGUUCUUUCUUCAGUGUUUGUAAGAUAUUGAACAUAUUAUGGUGUGAAUAGCAUUGCUCUCUGUGGUACAGUAGUAUAAUAACAGGGAAGAGAGAAAUCAGAUUUUUAGAGACCCCCCAAUGUAGGUUGUUUAUCUGGGGCAUAUUUCAUAGUAAAAAUAGGAUUAAUGUCAUCUGUAAAGGUCUGAGUACGCGGGAUGGGUGAAAAAGCAACAGGGGAGACGAGUCAAAGGGGGGAGCCACUACACUCUUGAGCUCCACCCAUUGUCAUGAAUUCCAUACACACAUGUUUAGUCUAGUGGAAUGUGCCCCCCCCAGCAAGCAGGCUGUCAGUUGA